AAAUAUACUUUGAUUGUGGCGUAUCUGGACUAGUCUGAGUUGUUCUCCAUCAAAAUUUAAUUGAAAUUUCGAAUUGUAAUUUAAAAAUGAUAUCUAAAAUAAAGUUGCUAUAUAAACCAAUUUUACAGAACGCAUCGAGGAGAUGUGGAAAUAAAAUUUGUAUGCAGUAUAGGAACAGUCAUGUAGUUUCUUAUCGAGUUGCACCUCCACCCCAUUCAAAGGCCACUAAAAUCGGUGCUGAACUUGUUGGAGCUGCUAUGUGGUGGUGGGUUCUUUGGCAUUUGUGGCAUGAAUAUGAACAUAUCACUGGUGAAUUUACUUAUCCAGAUUCAACAAAGUGGACCAAUGCAGAACUUGGCGUUCCUUCAUAAAAUAUGACCUCGCAUAUAUAUGUACUCAUGUUAUUAAAGUAAUAUAAUAUGGUUAAUAAAAUCAUUUAAAAACAAA